CUACUGGACUCUUCAUUUACCACACAGUCCCAUAGGUGAAGUUCACCGGUUCUGUAACCCUACAGAGCUCUGUCAGUAACUUUAGACCUAGCCACCUGCAUACUGUAUAUACAGUAGGAUACUUCCAAAUUAAGCAACUUGUUGUUCUUGAGGGCAUAUUGACUUUACAUCUCUGCAUGAGGCUGAGCUAAGUCUGUGAACUACUCCUGGCACUUGCACCGCACCUGUUUCUCCCCUCCCACUGGACCAAGAGGCUAUCUUGUCCCUCUAGAAGUCAACAAAUGACUUCAGGUGUCUGCAUAAGGCCAGCCACCACAGUACACUACACACUAUAACCCUGCACUUCAUCAUAUAAUAUUGUCCACUGGACCAAGGAGCUAGUUGUCCUCCAUAGGGUUCAACAAUUGACUUCAGUUCUAAGGUUUAAACUGACUCUGUGAACAACCUCUACUACGGUACAUACUAUCCACUAUGCCCACGGUGCCGGUGCCUCGUCCAGCCUACUCCCAGGCCAGAGAAAAUCUGGUGAAGGCCAUCCCACCCAAGAUCAUUUGCCUACUGGCCUGCGGAGGAUGGGACUGCCGCUAUGAAGGACCAGCCUGCUGGAGGCCCAGCCAACAAGCUGUACAGGGACUCUUCUCACACUGGGUGACAGAUGACAUUGUGGCCAUGGCACGACCCUCCUCUCACCUCAUCAAGAAAUACAACAUCAUAGAGCAGUUCCAACGGCUGAACAUCAAGUCCAUCAUCAACAUGCAGUUGCCUGGGGAGCAUGCUCACUGUGGCCCUCCACUGGAGCCAGACACUGGAUUUACUUACUCCCCACAAACCUUUAUGGAGAAUAAUAUCUUCUUCUUCAACUUUGGCAUGCCGGACUUCGGUGUGUCGUCUCUUGUGGGGAUGAUGGAUGGAGUAAAGGUGUUAGCCUUCGCUGUGAAAGAAGGGAAGGUGGCGGUGCACUGUCACGCAGGCUUGGGGAGGACAGGUGUCCUGAUAGCCUGCUACCUGGUCUACACUCUGCGUGUGAGCCCCAGUGAGGCUGUCCACUACGUGCGUAUCAAACGUCCCUGUUCCAUCCAGACCCGGGACCAGAUCAGCCUGGUGUUUGACUUUGCUCGUCUUCUGGGCCCUCAGCUGGCCCAGUUCCCUGACCUCAGCCUGCGCCACGGGGCCCAGUUCACCCUGCUGCAGUACCUGCACCGUCAGGCCCUCCUCCUCCAUGGCCAGGAGGCCCGCACCCUCAGGCACACUCCCAAGGUGGUGUACCUGUUGUGUGGCCGUCUUACUGCCCUGGCGUUGGGCCUGCCUGCCUCUCUGGAGGUGCAUGCUGAGCUGGAGAGAAGGGCAGAACUGCGGGCCCUGGGCAGGGCUGUGAGGGAGACCCUGGUGGCCAAGCAGUACCUGCCCCUGCACCGUGAGGUCCAUAUGGGGUCCUGGGGAGGGUCAGGUUCUGUGUCCUCCUGGGACGAACCAGAGGGCUUUCUGGAGAGGAAGAGACAGGUACUUCUGGAUAAACGCAGCUACAGUGACUCAGACCUCAGCAAGAUCACUGUAAAACAGGAUCUUGAGUUGGGCUCAUACUGUACUGUACUAGAUAGGAGUAAGCGAGACUGGUCUGGUUUAGAGCAGAUUAGACCUGACGUGAGACCUAUGAGUCCAGUCCUGCCCACCCCUACAGCUGGACUCUGUUCCAGUCCUGAGGACUCACAAAGACUCAACCUCCCAGCAGGCAGUGGGGCAACCAACGGUAACUGUUCUUCAAAGAGUUUAAAGUGCACUGCCAAGAGGGCGCCAGCGUUUCACAAAUUCAACUCUUACAUUGAGGUACGUAAAAACCAGCGUAAGUCCGGACAGGCCUCAGUGGCUCGGGCAGUUGCCAAGGAGAUGGCAGAUCUAAACCCCCCUGGAGAGACAGUUCUACAGAGGACAGCACUGCUACAGGAGGAGCUGAACAGCAGUGAGUGUGCCUGGGCCCUACUGGUCACAGAGUCUGAUCCGCACGUACUCAGCUGUCUAUUGUGGACCUGGCUGGAGAAACUCAAGGAGCCUGUUCUGAGUGCAGAUGACGUAGAGAGGUUGACCUCAGUAUCUCAACACGUGAACCAUCUCAGUGUGCUAACGAAGGUGAGACCCACCAGUCAGACCAUUGAUACACGUUUAAUCGUGUCAUGGCUUACUUCGGGGUCUUCAACCUCCUCAGCAACUAUUGUGUAUGUGUGUGUGUGCAUGUUGUCCCAGCAGCCCCAGCGCCACACCAUGUCCUGUUUGCUGGGUUGUGUGGGUCAGGUGACCAGUCUGUGUCCUCAGAGAGAGGAGGCCGUGCUACGACGCCUGAUACAAGCACUCACCAGGCACCCUCAGGAGGAGAUGGAGAGCUAUAAAGUCCUGAUGAGAAUCCUCAAGUCCAGCAACAGACAAACACUCCAUAACCAUAACUCCCUCACACAGACCUCAGACUACACAAACACCUGCUCAAGAAGAGGCAACAAUUGAUUGAUUGGUUGAUGGGUUUAUUGGUUGUACAAACUUAACUUCAUAACCAUUUGUAUGAAGGGUCAAAUAUUUGUUCAAUUUCUAGUGUUUUCUUUUCUAUGACUAGGUGCAGUAAGCUCUUUACUGUUUUAGUGGUGCUUGGAUGGGUGUAGAUUCUAUGAAGCAUGGCCACGAUCCUGAUAUUGGAGUACAUUCUCUCCGCACAUUACACAAUACAAAUAUUUGUACCAUUGACCUCAUCCCGGCGUGUAUUAUUGUUCAAAUCUUACAUACAAACUGAACAACAAUAUAAAUAAAUGUGAAGUGUCAUGAGCUGAAAUAAAAGAUCCUAGAAAUGUUC